UGUGGUCAUGGGGCGUGAAAAAAUAUGUGAAUCCAAAAACCAAAACUUGUAUUAUGUAAGGCCAUAAAAAAACAAGGUCCUUCCUUCCUGUUCGACUUAUUCACUUGGUACAGUUUUCUUCAAUACCUGUUCAACUGCUACCACCUGAACCACCAGGAAAAAUACAACCCCAGCCGAAAGUUAGUUGUAAAUAUAAAAUAAGUUUGAGGUUGGCUCGUGUGGAGAAACAGGCGAUGAAAUAAAAUGGACAAUGCGCUUUCCGAUAAAGGCCCAUCUUCUUGGCGUCUUAAACCUCACUCGGGCCUACUGAAAAAUCUUUACCUUUUUUGGUGGUCGAAAAUCACAACUGGCACGUGAAUCCCAACGGUGUCAUUUCAUACCUGGCAACUAAUUGGAUUCUUCUAUCCAAAUAGGAUUUCAAAACGCUCCCUGGACUUUACCCACUUUUUCUCCCGCACGCAUCGUUUAGUUAUUUAUACAUGACUCACGUAUCAAUCCGCAAACUUUUGACCAACCUCCGGGUAUGUGGUUGUUUCAAUUUUUGGGUGGAGAUUGUUUUUUUCAAUCGAAAAGAGAUUUAGCAAACUAUUACGAAUAUCUUAAUUUAUUGCCCUAAUUACUGUUUGACACUUUACAAUAAUUAAUUUCAUAUUACAUGGCCGGAUAAUUUAAAGAAGCUAAACAACGGCAAAAACAAUACCAGUGCUUGAUUAGAGGAUUCGCUUAUGCAUAACUUGUCAUCAACGAUUCCGAUGAUUGAGUAGGAAAAGUUGGGUUUGUGCGCUGUUGGUGGUGGUGGGAGUUCACUCUUUCUGUAGUUGCACACCGGAAAAGCUAUACCACAGGAAAGUUGAAAGGCAAGUGUGGUGAUAAUGUAAUUGGUUAAAUCACUAAUGUAAUGUCGGUCACCGGAGCAAGCGUUUCGUGUCAUGUAAACUGAAAUGCCAAGAUGAGAAUGAAAGCCGUCCGCUCGUUAUCAGAUUCUACCUCGAACUGUUUAAUAAUUAAGGAAAAACUGUCAUUAGAAUUCCGUAAGGGCCACUCUCGACGUCCUCUGCGGAAUGAAUUGAGCACCACACACACCGCACAGCAAACAGCAGCAGAUUCACAGUGCCGAACGAAAACUCAAUCUUCAAAUGAAGGGCACUUGUAUUUCUAUUUUUGCCGUAACUUUAUUCAUCUAGUGAUGCAUUUUGACUCAUCAGCACCGUUCCAUCAUUUACGAAAAUCACAAAGUUUGAUACCACAAAGCUGAAAUAAUUUACUGUAUUUGAACUUGUUACUUUUGACAGUAUCAUCUAACCCGGCAUGUAUUGCGACAAGUUAUGCGUAUAUGUAUACCGGGGGUAGUAAGUAUUUAAAGUAUAUCUAAACAAGUAUGUAACAAUUAUGGAUGAGUAUAGAAAUUUUAUUUCUUUUGUGCUUGUCAUGUAUUUUUAGCAAACGACAGGCAUGUGUAUCGCAUUAAACCACAAUUUGUUAUGCAAAUCUAAAAGUUGCAAAGAUUUAAGCUGGCCUGAAACUUGAUCCUUAAUCCUGACAACCCAAAGGCUUAAACAUCUAUCGUACUUUUCUUGUGCAAAAUAUUUUAAAGGAAAUCAACAACAUUCGUCCCGAUAUUAUUAUUUUUUAUUGUUCGAAUUCGCUGAAAGAGUUGUCGAAUACACAACAUAUGGAAAAGUGUUCUAUUUUCUCCACCGCGUCAGAAGCAAAUCAUAGCCAGUCGGUUACAAUUUAGCCAAUUCCAACGGAACUCAUAACAGUACCAGAUGCCAAGGAGCGGAGAGUGGAAGAUUGCAACGAAAUGAUGACCAAAUGAAGGGGCAAUGAGGCUAUAUAUAAGAGUGACAAUGGAUAAAAAAUGAUUCUCGGUCGUGACUUCUUUGGUGAGAUCAUUGUUGCACAGAAGAAGCACCGUCUCGCUACUUUGUACCCAAGUCAGGACACAAUGAGGACUGAUUUUUAUUCAAUAGUUUUAACCUCCACGUUGGUUCUCGUCGUAAAUUGCUUCAACUUGGACAGAGAGUUACAGAACUUUGAUCAAUCUCUUUUGGAAACUAAGAGUAAUGAAAGGUCUUCCAAAUUGUUCCCUCUAUUCUCAGUUCUGAUCCGGAACGUACAGUGUUUGCCAGAGGCAAGUGAAAACGUUGCAGGAACGUGUUCAACCAACUCGCAGUGCAGGAACAGUGGGGGUGUGGCUUCUGGUGCCUGCGCCAACGGAUUUGGAGUAUGCUGUGUAGUCACUUACAGUUGUGAGGAUUCUGCAAGACAAAAUAACAGCAACUUUAGAAACCGAGACUAUCCCAGCGGAUUUAAUCCAACCGGAUUGGAAGUAUGCAAUUUGAGGAUACAAAAACCUUCCUCAAAUGUUUGUCAGAUAAGAUUAGACUUUACAAACAUGCAGUUAGCCGCUGCCGACCCAAUCACAGGGCAAUGUAUGAAUGACAGGCUUAGCAUUAACGGGGUAUCUGGAACAGUGCCUUCCAACUUGUGUGGAGAUCUUUCUCAACAACACAUGUAUUUGGAUUAUGGAAGCUCUGAUCGCAUUACUCUAAGCGUAAUUACCGAUGGAGGUGGCGUAGUACAAGCUCGUCAGUGGAAUGUGAGAUUGACCUAUCUUGAAUGCAAUUCAUUAAGUCGGGCUCCUGACGGCUGCCUCCAGUACUUCAUGUCUGCGACAGGCGAAGUCAGGAUGUUGGGUUAUCCAAUGAACGCUCAUUUGGCAGAUCUUGAUUACACAGUAUGUGUCAGGUCGGAAGACGGGGCCGGAUCAAUUGUGUGGUCGCCUUGCCAAGGAGAACCCAUAGCUUCAGCUUUCUUAAUGUCGGGUGCUCCCUUAACUGAUCCAACGAUGGGAACUCCUGGAGCGUCUGGAGCCUGCUCGGCAGACUAUGUUCUAAUUAUGACGGAUGACCCACAAGCCACCCCUACCAAAUUGGACGAUAGAUAUUGCGGCAACGCGUUGGCAGCAAUGAUGCCUCCCUUCCUUGUGAGAUCAAUUGCGAAACCCUUUAUCAUGCGCGUACGAACUGACAGUCUGGAGGAUGCAGCCGACAUGACCAACACUGGUUUUUGCCUCGCAUUUCGUCAAGAACCCCCACGGCCCCAAGCUGGGUAGAAAAUGAGGGUGCGAACUGCAAUAAGAAGACACCUCCUUUGAAUGCUUACUUUGGUUUGAUCGAAUAUUUGAUCUAGACUUCCUCGCUCCUACCCAAGAGUUUAUUUGGCAAAUAUUUACAAAAAGUCCUUAUAACGAUGGGAUCCUGGAGUCUGUACGCCCUAUUUUCUUAAUUACCCCAGUCGUACCCAAUUAGUAAUCUGAAUGAAUAAAUACACCGUUUUAUUUGUUGAUCAAUAAUA